GCGGUUACCAAGCACCUUGACUUGCGGUCUAAGCCGACAGACACGCAUAUAUCUUCAGCAACCUCGCAAAACAAUACUGUACAAAGCAACCAUGGCAGACAACAAUUCACCCGACAGAGCAGUCAUUCUAUCGUCCGAGGCCCCAGCCCCUCUACCUUUCCUCUCGCAGGCCAUUCGCGAUGGUAACACUGUUUUCUGCUCCGGUCAGAUUGCCGUUGAUCCGUCCACUGGAAAGCUCGUCGGGGGAACAGUCGAGGACAGAACGCGCCGUAUUCUUGAGAACCUUUCGGCGGUUUUGAAGAGUGCGGGGUCGAGUCUAUCGUUGGCGAAUAAGGUCAACAUUUACUUGGUCAAGCCUGAGGACUUUGGUGCUAUGAAUAAAGUCUACGAGACCUUUUUUACGGAUGUGAAGCCGGCUCGGACUUGUGUUUUUGUCAAGGCGUUGCCGUUGAACACGGAUGUUGAGAUUGAAUGCGUGGCCAGCGUGCCCAAGUCCAAACUUUGAUGUUAGAAAGUCUGGGCUGUUGAAUUUAAAUGGCUUAUUUCUAGCAAAGCUCGAGUUUUGUCCAUGUUGAAGCAAAAGUAGCUGAAUUUCUCUCAAAAGACUAUGUGGCAUUCAUGCCAACAUUAUCAAAUGUAUAUGCCCUUCUGUCUAGCUCAGCGUUCCAAUGAGGAAGUUCGUAAUGUAUGCUAGAGAUUUCUUGUGCUAAAUUGUGAAUGCAAGAGGAAGGAAAGUAGUAUGAUUUUUCUUGGAGCACUUGUGGUCUCUGAUUUGUACUGUGAUUAGAUGGAGCGAAUUAGCUACAAUUGCGGGCGGUCCAAGCGUUUCGCCGUCUCAUCCCAA